AUGCGCCCGUCUUUGAUCCUCACUUCUGUUCUUGCGACAUUGGUUGCUGCCGACUCUAGCACAACCACCAUCAGCUAUUUUGGACUUGAUUCCGGCACGAAUACCUAUGGCGCCGAUCCCGGCGCCUACACUAGCACCGCUGCUAGGGUCAUUGGCAGUGAUAGCACCGCUACCACCUACGAGAUCGGAUGUCUGAAGGGUGCAGCCAAAUGCGCACUCCCUCAUUCUGUGACUUUGAUCCAGGGUCCUGCGACCUAUAGCAUGUCAGGCGAAUACAGCAUCCAAACCCUGGGCGCUACCGGUAUUAUUACCGAUGUUGAGGAAUGCUCUUUCACCCAUACCUCUGAAUCCGUCUCUUGUUCUUGGAGCGUUGCAUUCACCGUAUCCUCGGGAGACAUCACCGUUUCAACUUCCAACAUCGACUCGAGCACUAGCAUUGCGCCCGAAUCUGUUAAAUGGAGAGCCCUUGAAGUAACUGCUGGCGCAGCCACUUCUACUGCUUCUGGCUCUGGCACUAAGGCUACUUCCGGAGCUACUUCUACUGCUUCUGGCUCUGGCACCAAGGCUACUGCCGGAGCCACUUCGACUGGUGCCGCAGCAGCUAUCGCGAAGCCUUUGAUCACAGCGGCGCCAAUGGGAGCAGCUGCUAUUGCUGCAAUUGUGGCCAUGUUCUAG